CCCGGCGCCGCCUGCGCCGCUCUGCCGCGGCCCGGGGAGCGCUGUGGUCGAGGCGCUCGGCAGUGGAGGCCGGAGCGCGGGGCCGGCGCUGCCGGGCGAGGGAGUGCUUCACCCCCGCCUCCCCCUCGAGCCACCCGUGUGAUCUUGCUGAUCCUCCUGGAGAAACGGACUCUGCUCAGAUACACGAAGUUGCAAUGUAUUUGGAUCAGAAAGAGGGUUCGCGUCUCCUCUCCACGCUCUGUAUCUCUUAGUCCCCCCUGGCUCUUCUCGCCUUGCUGCACCCUCAGAAACACCCAGGCAGUGUCUUUGUAUCCCUUCACAUCUGUCCCCUCAGCGCUAGUGCUGCAGAGGUACAGAAAUGCAGCCCGCGCUGAUAGAUGCUGCUCACAAGAGAGGUACCACAAAUUAAACCCUGUAGAUAUUUCAACUUUAGUUCCCUAGUAGAAUAUUUUUUUUCCGUAAAGGACUGUCAGCAGCUUUUGGGGUGCUGAGGCAAUAGGCGGAUGUCCUAGCCUAACUAGUUAAUUUGAUCUACUGUCUUUCUCCUGACACAGCCUUAAAGGGAAGUUUUGGAUUACAGCAGGAACAAGAACAGUGUUCCUUAAAAAAACCUGACAGCUCUAAGGUCAGGCUAAAUAUAUUGAAAAACAAUUGUUGAAGACUAAUGUAUUUGCAGGUCUGGUUCCUAAAUAGAUUAAAUCUAAUCUUAAAAUAAUUUUAAAUUAGGGUUGUGGGUUUUUUUUCUUUUGUUUUUGAGCUUUGCUAUACAAUGUUUCCAGACUUUCCUAAACAACCAAAGUGGUUAGAAAUUUGUUUGACAUUAAAAAGGACAGAUUUUUUAUAUAGCUUUAUUUUUGAAAACUAGAUUACUUGAGUUUGAGGACCUAAAAAUACGAUCCAGCAAUUGUGUAGCUCUAUUAAGUGUCACAUUCACACUCAUAGAAGCUUAAUUGAAGCCACAUUUCCAGGUACUGUGAAACAAAUUGUGAAGGUACAUUGUGUUCUUUUAUCUCAGCCUAUUUUUUAUCUAUAUCUAUAUAUCUAUCUAUCUAUAUGUCUUCCACACACAUACAUAUAUUUAUCUGUAUCUACCUUAAAAUAGUAUUCUGUUGUGGAUGAGGGAUGGAUCAGUUAAAAUAAAGGUAUUCCCAAUAUUUCCCAAUUCCCUAGCCAAAUUACAUCAACAACAAAUUACAUCAACUCUCAAGAGCAUAGAGGUUUGCCUGAAAGAAUAGAAAUAGUCUCAGGUAGAGAAGUCAGCACAAAGCAACAAGCUGGCCAUUUCAUGCAGGUCUCAUCACUGUCCUUUGUGAAGAAGCAUGGAAUAGAACUAGCAUUUAAAUGUGAUUUCAUUCCUGCAGGAAGUUGAGCCUACUUAGUCAAAGCUAAUUUUCAGGCUUUUUUUAUUCUGCAUUUGUUGAAAUAGCCCGGUGGACACAUAGCGUAGUUAGAAUUUUCUCAAACCAAAGUUUCUUACAAGCCCUGACACUUUCUAAACCUAGCUGAGGUUAUUAGCCUAGCUGAGGAUAUUUUCUUGACACUUGGACCCACAUAACAUUUUCUUUGCUGAGUGUUUCAGGUGUAAUUAACUGUGAACAGUGUGAUUUCUCCUAGACAGGCAAUUUUUUCUUUCAUAGCAUCUCCUCAAUCAAAGCCUGCUCAGGAAUAAGCUUUCUAUUUUUAUCGUGUGUCAGAAGCACAGCUUGUACUGAUUAGCACAGCUGUACUGAAGGCUCAGUUACAGCCUUACAUAGAAGCACUAUGCAGCAAAGACAAACUUGGAUAGUUAAAUUACAUGACAAAUGUGUGAACAUAUUUCUAGGAGUCCCAGAAUUAUUCAAUGUCUUUCUGGGGGGGGGGGGGGUGCUAAAUGAGAGUAGAAUGAACCUUCCACAACUGUGUUUCUGGAAAGAGGAAUGUUGAAGAUGACAGAAUUGAAUUAAUUUCCCAUAAACCCAAAGUUUUCUUGUGGGAUCUCAAUUUGAAAAAAAUUAACUUAGUGAUUUAGGAUUUCAUCUAUUAAGUGUCAUGCCAUAUCUGGCAAGGAAUAUUUGCAGCAUCAAGCAAUUCCUUUUUUUUUUUUUUUAAAGGAAGCUUUCAGUAAUAGAAGUGAAGUAACUGCAGUUAUCUGUAGCUGGGAAACUGAUGACUCAGACCCUAUUCAUGCAUUUGAAAGACUGUUUUAUGAGACUCAUCAGAGCUGUGGGUGGAUCUGUAGAAGAAUUUGAAGUCAGACUUCAUACAAAAGGAUGCCUGCAGUGGUGUCUAAUAAUUGUCCCAUCACAAGCCACUAAUGGAAUAUCAUUUUGGAAGUUUUCUUUAAUCUUUGGGUGGUGAGGCUACACCAAAGAUCAGGAACAGAGAAUUUCACUAUUUCUUUUAUCUACAGAGGUGUGCCAUCAGGUCAAAAAAAGAACUGCUGAAGCAGCACUCUGCCUUAGAAGGGGAAAUAAAGUAUUGGAGUUUGCUUUGACCCUGCUACACCCCUGUGUGUAACCAUUUGUAACUGGUGACAUUUUCCCAUCAAUAACAAAAGCCUAUAUUCCAAACUUGAUGAACAAGACUGGAGCUGCAUAGCUCCCAUGAAUGCUAAUAGGAAUACAGCCUUUCUCUAUUCCCAUGUAAGUUACUUUGCAUAUCCUAAUAGUGCAUUCUCAGUGAGCAACAGGGUCAGUGUUAAUCACACCAUGGCAUUCCAAUGGCAUCUGCAUAGAUCUGUACCACAUUCCUCUUGGUCAUGUUAUUUCUUGUGUGGCCUGAUCACAGAACUAGGAAGUUAGGUACACACAUAGAAAUAUUAGGAAGAUCUUAAUAAAUUAUUAGAAAGGAGUUGUAAUGAAAAAAGUAAUGGAGAAGGGCUGAUAUAACUUGUUAGUAAUUUUUUAUUAAAAUCCCUAACAUAUUCUUUCCAUCUGGAAUUUAUCCCAUGUCAUGUGCCACCACUGUUUUUCUAAGUCAUUCUGUGAUUUGGUACCACCAGUCUAGAUUUACAUUUAGAAUAGAUAGUGUCUAAGUGUCUAAGUGUAUAUUUUAAUUGCUUGAAUGACAUGAUAAAUUAUGACUCAUUAAGAGAUUCACACAGAAAUACAUAUACAGUCUUUGUCUGUCUCUGUUUCCUUGCUUGGAAAUUGGGAAUGGUAGUAAAAUUGUAGGAAAUAGUAAUAUCAGGGUAGCUCUGCAGCUCCAAUAAAGAUCAAAGGAAGUUAUUAAUACGUGGUCAUAAUGUGCAGUACGAGGAAUUUCUUAAGUUCUCUAUAAAAAUAUGCAAGAAGCAAAUUAUGCUGAAUCUGACAUACACUGCAUAGUCUGUUCUCCAGUGGAAAUAUUUGCAUGUAUACGUUUAGCUAUAAUCAUAGAAUUGUUUAGGUUGGAAAAGGAACCUUAAUAUCAAAAUCCAAUCAAUAACCUAAAUCCAACCAUUGAUCUUCAAAACUGCCAUAAAGCCUUUUUAGUUAGCAAUGGUCCAACAACAGAAAUGGGUUUAAAAAACCACAGAAUUUAACUGUUUAGUUUAUUAUUGUUAUGGUUUAUAAGACAGUAAAUGAAGAAAUAUCAUUGGGUUGAGACUGUAUAUUCCUUAUGUACAUAUUUGAUGUUCCCCUUUGGUUACUUGACAGGAAUCAGUAACUUUUUAAAUUAACUGUAUUAAUUUAAUGUGUACCCCUAAUAGAAAUAUGGUGUGUGCCUUCCACAAUACAGCCAGUAGGGUGCAUUGGUUGUUUGAUAUUUUAUUUUCAAAAAACUGUAAACAACUCCAUAUUUGGUUCUGAUUUACCAUUUGAGUACCCUCUGAAUAAGAAAAUCGGUGAGGGAGCCCAUUCAGUUAUGGUAAAAAGUAUGGAAAAAUGCAGUAUAGUUUCUUGAAAAUUUCCUUCAAAUUGUUCACAGAUGGAUUUUUUUAUUAGAAUUCCUAUCUAUUGAUGAAUAACUGUUUUGAUAAUGUAAUAAUUGAAAUUAUUUUGGGGGUAGGUUUUGGUUUUUUUGUUAUUGUUGUUUGGGGUUUUUUCUUGGUUGGUUGGCUUUUGUUUGUUUGCUUUAAAGAUUAUCAUAGAUUCCUUACAAUAUUUACUAGAUGAAUCUGUAAUAAAUUCAAUCAAUAGCUGUCACUAUUUCAUAUGUUUUCCCUGAGUAAAGUAAGGAAACCUUUCAGUAUUUAUCAUGUUUUUGUUCUGCAGAAAUAUUUGCACUGUCCUCAAGUCUCUAUCUCAUUUGUUUUUAGUUAAUUAAGCAUUCAGAAUUUGUUGACUUCUGUUUUCUGCUUUCUCUAGGUCUCGGUUUUGGGUAAUUUGAUUUAUUUAGAUCCUCUGUGGGUUUCACUAUUGUUUUUAAAAUGCAGACACCAAUAUUUAUGCAAUUUCAAAUAUCAACCCCUUUAGUGCCAUGUAGAAAAGUAAUUCCCCCACCUCAGCUACUUGUUACUAAUCUGCUGCUGAAGUAUCUGAAAAUGACAUGUUUGUUUUUUCUUUCCCAGUCGCAGACACUUAGGAUGAGCUGUGUCUCUGCUUGACUUUCUUCAGAUGAAAAUGAGUCAGAAGAUCUUUAUUUUAGCUUUGAAUUAGCUUGAUUUUAGCUUUUUACCUAGUAUUCAGCAGUGUUAAUAUGACUUGUUUUAAUGGAACCAGCUUAAAAGUCUAGUGCUUGACAUGCUCAGAAGUUGUGUUUUGAUGGAUAUUUUAUGAGAAAGCUACUUAUUUUCUGGAUAGAAUGUACAUUGUCAGUGAUACGCUGCAAAGGAAGAGCUGAGCACCCUUGAAGGAACAAGACUGCAGCUUCAUUUAGCAGCAGUAACCUGCAUAAGAGGAGCAGCAAGCAGUUCUUGACAAUUCACACCAUGCUGUUUCUCCAUGUGGCACGCAAGCCAGUAAGCAUACACUGUGGUUUGAAAUGAACUAUGUAACAUUGUAAGAUCAAACCGACCCUUCACGGAUGAGAUUCUUCUUGCAUCAAUAGAGUGACAGAAAAUGACCUCAUUUGUCUCAAAAUGGCACGAUAGAGAUUGAUCACUCAAAUCUAAGAUGCACUAAGUUAAAACUAAGCAGUUAUUUUCUCAUUAAUUGUUCAUUUUUAGUUCUGUUUAAUGUAUUUAAAUUAACAUUUUUAAAAAGCCAUGUCACUUUUUGUGGAAGUCUUGCCAAAUGAGAGAGUUCACAAAUCAAAAAUUUAUGAUUCUAUGAAUAGCAUUUUUGCUGUAAUGUGUGUUUAGAUAUAGCAGCCUUUAAUGAGCAGAUGCUAUGAACCAUUACUUUUUUCUAACAAUGGGAACAAUUCAAUUUUUUAUGUUAAAAUCUCUUUUAAAGUGAUAACAUCAGCAUGCUUUAUUUGCAUGCAAGUAAGGAGUUGUACCAUAAAAAGGUUAACCUUUAUGAAACUGGUCAUAGGAAGCAUAAACAAAUUAAUCUUCAUCCAUUGAAAAAGAGCACAAUGUGCUUGGAAGUUCUCAUUUUUCAGUUUCUGAAGUCCUGGAAUUUUCUAAAAAAUAGAAGAUCAAAAUCUGAUUUUUCCUACAUAUGUCUGCACAUGAACUAGGUGGGCAUAAACUGCUCAGUCAGAAGCAUAAUACUCAAAUUUUGUCAUUCAGUCUUCUCAGAUUAUUAGCAUUGUUUGCAUUUAUCUAUGUUUUUUUUUCUUUUUUUCCUCUUUCCUGCAUGUGUAUGUUUAUUCAUCAGAAACCUAUGCAGUAAAAUCAAGAUUAUGAUAUUAAAGCACUCCCAGCCUAACAAAAGGAUGUGGUAAAGUUCAGGAAGAAGAGCAGUGCAAGUCUCUGGCAUCAGAUGACACUAGGCCGUAGUUGUGCAUUUCUCUGGUGUGGGAGGGCUGGAUAGGAGUCUUCACAGACUGUGGGUAGAACAACCAAAAAGUGAUCAGGAACCUCACUUCACAUUUUGAAGAAGAGACAACCCAACCGUGAUCCUAAGCUGCUUUGGGAUAGCAGGUCAGAAGCCUGCUAGUACAGACUAGUCAGGCUGUGAGAUGAACACAGCUCUUUAGUGUAAGCGUUGGCUGGUUCUGCCCUCUUUUGAAGCCUGACGGCCCAGUUAUCUGGGGACUAUGCUACUGAAGGCAUGUUCUAUAGUUCUGGCUACCGUUUCUUUCAAUACUGCCAGUUGGAUGUGGACCCCAGUGUGAAUCACACUAAAUAAUAAGAGAGAAAGGGGAAUGCAACAUAGAUGUCAUCAAAACAAACAAGUAUCUGUACAGAAUCAAAAACUGAGCUUCAGCUCUGCAUUCACGGGAAGGACAUUAGUGCUUGUGGCCAUCUCUAGCAUGGACUGUGUUGCAAAAACGCUUUGCACUGUGGACCAUUGUUCAAAGAAAAUUCUCUUAAAAAAAUACAAACAACCAACAUCUGACAACCAAGUAAGUUCCUUGCAUGAAAAUAUUCUGUAUCUUGUGAUUGCUCUGUUGAAGAAAGGAGCAAGAUCACCUUCCGUAUCUGCCUGUAUCUGGUGGAUGUUACAUACUUUUAAAGUGUAUUAUAUUGGAAAGAGAUUGAUUUCUAAAUAAGAAGUAAAAAUAAUUUGUCUAUUAUAUCAUAAUUAAGCAUUGAUCUAUGAAAAAGCUAUGCACAUUAUUCCUUUUUCUGAGUAGCUGAGCCUGCUUCAGCUAAAGCACCAGAAAAGGUGAUAGAUAGACCUAUACACAUGUGCAGGACCAAAAUUUCAAUUUUUUUUAAAUUUCUUCAUUUGAUAUUUGCAUCCAAAUAGAUGUUUAGACCAGAAUUCUGAAGUUUGGAUGUUUCAGGUGAAAACAAAAGUGAAUUUUAGUGAUAUUUAUGCAUAAAAAUGCUAUUAUAGCAUUUAUUUUUGGUUUCUGAUAUUUGUCGAUUAAGAUUUCAGUAUCUCUAACUAAAAAUUAAGUGGCACUGAUAUAACACAAAAGUUUUCCUUAAUAGAAACAAAAAUGUAAAGAAGAGAAAAUAUACAUGCCUGAAAAGCCUUCAUUAGAUGUUUUUUCCUCUUUUAAGUAAUGUAUUCUUUCUCAGGGAUUUAUUUCUUCGUCUAACUCCCUCUUCUGUGGUUUUUUCUUUCAGAUGAUGCCAAAUGAAGGGAAAAGGCAAGGUUUCAAAACAAACAAACAAACUGGAGUCCAUUGUUUCUGGUGCUUUCAGUAUUGGUUUACUUGCAGUAGAGCCAUUUUUUGCUUACAGAGUUUUAAUGAUUUCAAAACAAACGAUAUCCAAACAAACAAAGUGAGGGGUGUACUUAAUACACCUUAUUUUCUGCUUUUAUUGAAAAGAGAAGCUAAGGCUGACCUGGAGGCAUAGUUCUGUGCAAUGUCAGAUCUGUUGUAGGUCCAAUACUAGUUCUGAUUGUUUGUCUCUGACAUUUGUAAGGGUUGGGAGUGCAGUAUGGGCUGCAUGCUGAGUUGUUAAAAGUGUGUGUGGAGUGUCUGAUGUCAAUCACCAUCAGCCUUCCAGCUGCUUGAGGACCAUCACUGGCAAAAUCGUAUGGGAGCUCUCUCUCUCAUCCUCAAGUGUAACAAAAGGAAGCAGAAAUCCCUGGUAUGAUAAAAAUGAAAAAAGAUAAUCAGGGAAUUCUUAGGCUUUGAGAGAAAACAUGGAGUACCAUGUGUUGAGUCAGAGAGCACAGCAAAAGGUACAGCCAUUUUUGAUCAGAAUGCAGUUUUGUGGAAAGAGCUCAUGAGAAUUACCAUGUUAAUUACUGAGCCCAAGUCUGAGUUCUCACUCUUCCUUAGUUUUCUAGCUCAGUAACUAGCAACAUUUAAUGUGCUCAGACCUUCUGUAAUUGAGAAUAAAUGACAGCUAAGGCAGGCCCUCUGUUAGCUAGUGGGAGGUGAACAGAAACUGGCUGAAGAGAGGAAAACAUUAAGUAUAAGCUGAAACAACAUUGUAGAAUAAAGGAUAUAAAUAAUCUUAUACUUCUACUAUUCUUUUGGCCAGUUAAUCCAAAGAGGAAAAACAAUAUGGUAUCUGGAUUUUGAAGCUGAAAUAUAGUAACAGUAUGGUAUUGAAAAACAUGCUAGUUAUCUCUCAUGCUCAUAUAUUAAAUUCUGCCUGGUGCAAAAUUCUGCACUAAUAAUAUUGACCUUUGAAGGGAUGUUUUUUGCUCCUUUUUCUUUUUCUUUCUUUUUCAGAUAAACUGGUGCUGGUACAUGAGGAUUAUGCAUAAUAAAGUAUUGAUCAAAAAAUAUGUUCAGAUGUAAACCAAGAUGAACUAGUGCAAGAAGGGAUGGAACAUGUAAAACAGAUGAUCAAACAGAACACCUGAAUUCCUUUUACAUGCACAGCAUAGUUGUUUAGAAGAAAAAAACCACACACUUAAUUUAUUUUUUUUUUAAAAAGAGAAUUUUUAUAAUGUUUGAUGAAUCAUCCCAAUAUUUCCUCCACUCUUAAGAAAUGGACUUUGUUCUGAUUAUUAAUGUCUACUUUUCUGUGUGCAUAUUAGAUUAUCUAUGCAUUUAUCAGUUAUACUGCAAAUUUUUAUUUAUCAACAUUGAUUUUCUCCGUAGAUAUAUACAGAGUAAAUAAAGAGAUUCUUCUUACCUAACUAAGCUAGGUAGUAGUCUGAGGGUACUAUAUGGACUCCCUCCUUUGUCAGAGGAGAGAAAUAAUCACCUCUUAGAGGCUUGUCCUGUUAUGAGUCUACACUAGGGGGGAUGUCUUGUUAGGUGGAAUGCUUCUACUUUAAAACAUAACUUUUUAUAAGCAAAAGGCUUCUUAGUAAAAUGUCUUUUACUAAGUAAUUUUUCUAACCUUUCAUCAUUCACUAGCAUCUUCUUUGCCUUUCCAUGUUUGUUUAUGUUAUUCUCAAAUCAUCGUAACUCAGGACAGAUUGCUGUAGUGACCAGGCUAAUUACAUCAGAAGGCAUAGAGUGUUCUAGAUUCUAUCUUGGUUUUGCCCAAAUAUUUCUGCUCUAUUUUUUCCUUCUAUCUUUUAUUGGAUAAGAAGAAAUUUUGAUGCUUCUUUGCUAUUAAGUGGGAAAAUUUGAGAGUUUGGGGGCCAACACUGACAGGAUCUGAGUGUUGCCUUUGUGUGUUUCUUGUGGCUCAGGAUUUUCUUGGGAUGGUGGUGACCAUUAAAUACGAAUUUGAUAUUAGCUAGAGAAAUGUCUAGAUCUGGAAAGCUUCAUCUAGGAUUGGAAAUUGUUUCUCUAACAGAGAAUUGUUUCUCCAUCCAGAGCACUGAAUAGCUGUGAAUUAAGAUGACUGUGUGUUUGGGUGCUACUGAGGAUUUGAAUCCAAAAUCUGUCACAAUCCAAUAAUAAAACCUGUCAGUUUUGCUGUGCAGAGUAAUACAACAGUGCACUUCAAGCUGAGUGGCAGAUCUGGCAAGGCGCUUAAGGGAGGGGCUGGCUCUAUCACAACUACAGCAGUGCAGCAGCAAUUGCUGGGCUUUGAAAAAAAUUUUAUCCUCUUCCAUCCCACCCCCUUUUAUCUCCAGAGCAGUGGGAAGGCAGCAGCAGUCAGGAGAGGGAGGAGAGUGCUGGACGCUGCGCAGAACAGAGGGAGGAGUAGGAGACGGGAAUGCAUAAUGCGUGAGUGACAGAGGGUGUGCAGGCGGCUGGCGGAGUCCAGAAGACGCGGAUGUUCCUCUCCCAGGGUCCAGGGAUGCCCUCUGCUUCUUUAUUAGUUUAUUUGCUUUUAGCAUUGCUCAUUCAUUUCACAUCUGGAGAAACGGAAGUGAAGUUCAGUGGACAAACAGAAUUUGUAGUCAAUGAAACAAGUACAACUGUUAUACGUCUUGUAAUUGAAAGGACAGGGAAGCCUGCUAACAUCACAGCAAUUGUGUCGAUCGAUGGAGAAGACACAGGAGACUUUUUUGACACAUACGCAGCUGCAUUUAUACCAGAUACAGAAACAAACCGAACAGUGUAUAUAUCUGUCUGUGAUGAUGAUCUUCCAGAGGCUGAUGAGACAUUCACAUUUCACUUGACACUACUGAAACCAUCUGCAAGGAUAAAGCUUGGCUCACCCAAAUCUGUCACAGUAACAAUCUUAUCAAAUGACAAUGCCUUUGGAAUAAUUUCUUUUAACAUGUCUGCCUUAAUCACAGUGAAUGAACCUAGGGGCAGAAAUGAAUUUGUGCCUCUCACUCUAAUUAGGGAGAGAGGAACCUACGGGACGGUCGUUGUAACUUUUGAGAUAGAAGAUGGACCAAACUCAGCUGAAGAAGACUUAAGUCCAGCCAGAGGAAAUAUUACAUUUACACCUGGGAGAUCAGUGUUGAUUUAUAAUUUAACAGUACUUGAUGAUCAGGUACCUGAAAAUGAUGAAAUCUUUCUUGUUUGUCUGAAGAGCGUGGAGGGAGGGGCUGAAAUCAACAACACAAAAAAUUCUGUGUGGAUUAAUAUUAGGAAAAAUGACAGUCCUGUGCGUUUUGUUCAGAGUGCUUAUAUGGUGCCUGAGGAAGAUGAAGUGGUAACAAUCCAAGUGGUUCGUGGUAAGGAUGUCAGUGGAAAAUUAAUUGGACCUGAUGAAGACGAAGUCUCUGUCAGUUACGCCAUCAUAACUGGGGAUUCAACUGCACAUGCACAGCUUAAUGUAGACUUCCUAGAUCUACAGCCAAAUACAACUCUUGUUUUCCCACCUCUAGUUCACGAAACAUAUUUGAAAUUUAGGAUCCUUGAUGAUGCCAUACCAGAAAUUGCUGAGACCUUUCAGAUUAUGCUUCUUAAAGACACUUUGCAGGGAGAUGCGGUUUUGAUUUAUCCAUCUGUUGUUCAUGUCACUAUCCAGCCGAAUGAUAAACCCUAUGGAGUGCUGUCAAUCCACAGUGUUCUGUUAGCUCACAUUGUUAUCAUUGAUGAAGACCAAAUUUCAAGGUUUGAAGGGAUCACAAUUGUAAGAAACGGUGGAACACAUGGAAAUGUUUCUGUUUCCUGGGUUAUAAUCCGAAAUAGCAGUGAUCCUUCACCUGUGACUGCAGACCUACUUCCAGAGGCGGGGGAGAUAACUUUUGAUCAAGGUCAGAUGCUGGUGACCCUUCAUCUGGACAUUAUUGAUGAUGAUAUACCAGAAGAGGCAGAGCCUUAUCUUCUGAAACUCCUAGCUUAUACAGUUCAGGGUGGUGCAGAAGUCAGUGAGCCAUCUGAGCUUCUGUUUUACAUUCAGGACAGUGAUGAUGUUUAUGGCCUAAUAAAAUUCCAUCCUUUGGAGAAUCAGAAGAUUGAAAGUAAUCCAGUGGGACGCUUUUUAUCCUUGAGUUUUGCAAGAGAAAGAGGAACAGUUGGAGAUGUGCAGUUGGUUUUUACUGCACUGUAUAUUCCAGCUGGAGCUCUGGAUCCUGAGAGAGCAAAAGGUGGCAUUCUGAAUAUGUCUAGAAGAAGUACUCUCACCUUUCCAGAAGGAAAAGCACAAGCUACUGUAAAUAUACCAAUACGAAAUGAUGCAUUUCUUCAAAAUGGAGCUCACUUUGUCAUACAGCUGGAAAAAGUUGAGCUGCUGAACAGAAUCCCUCUUGUCCCACCUGUGAGUCCUAGAUUAGGUGAAAUUCGGAAUAUUUCUUUGAGGAUUACUCCGGAUAUUGCAAAUGGAGAAAUAGGCUUUACUAGCAAUCUUCCAAUUAUUCUUUCUGAGCCAGAAGACUCACCUGCUACAGUGGUUUCCAUUCCAUUGCAUCGAGAUGGGACUGAUGGUCAAGCAACAGUGUUUUGGAGUUUGAGACCCUUUGGUCCCAAUCACAAGGCAGUAACACCAGAUGAUAUAAGUCCUUUUAAUGGCUCUGUUUUUUUCUUAUCUGGACAAAGUGAUACUACAAUCAACAUUACUGUUAAAGCUGAUGAUAUACCUGAAAUGAACGAGACCGUGUUAUUAACUUUGGACAGGGUAGAGACAGAAAGGUUUGUCGUGUUCUUUGGGGUCAGUGUGGAAAAUCAAAUACUGAAAUACGGGUUUACUACUCGUGAGAUUACUGUUUUGGAAAAUGAUGAUCCUGGAGGAGUGUUUGAAUUUUCUCCCUCUUCCAGAGGUCCCUAUAGUAUCAAGGAAGGGGAUUCCGUCGAACUGCAGAUUGUCCGCAGCAGAGGGAGUCUUGUCAGGCAGUUUCUGCGAUACACUGUGGAACCAAGGGACAAUAAUGAGUUUUAUGGAAGCACAGGAAUUCUGGAAUUUAAGCCUGGGGAAAGAGAGAUCAUAAUUACUCUUUUGACAAGGAUGGAUGGGAUUCCAGAGCUGGAUGAGGCAUAUGCCGUUGUGCUCAGUGGCUACAGUGAAAUGUCAGGCAAGCUGGGGAAUGCCACAAGAGUCAGUAUAACCAUUUUGAAGAAUGAUGAUCCACAUGGUGUCAUUCAGUUUCUACCUGAUGAACUAUCAGUAACAAUAAAGGAAAGUAAAGGAGAAAUCAUCUAUGCUGCCUCUUACAGACUUGUAAGAACCCAAGGAAACUAUGGUAAUGUUAGUGUGUCCUGGAUUGUUGACCCAGCAUGUACCAAUGACAUCUAUCCAGAAAAAGGGACUGUUUUCUUUGAUAAUCUGGAGUUUUCAAAAAAUAUCACAAUUUACUCUCUACCGGAUGAGGUACCUGAAGAGAUGGAGGUAUUCAUAAUCAGAUUAUUCAAUGCCACUGGUGGAGCUAGACUGGGCAAUAUAACCAGUGCAUUUUUACAAAUCACAAGGAAUGAUGAUCCCAUUUAUUUUGCAGAACCUCUGAUAGUGAGCAUUACAGAAGGGAGUGUUGCAAACUUUACAAUCCUAAGGAAUGGAUCCUCUGAUGAAGUUGUUGCUGUUCAGUAUAUUACUGUUAAUGGAGACGCUACAGCUGAAGAGGGAGACUUUGUUCCCAGUGAAAAGGACAGUUUCAUUCUGUUCGAUGUCGGAGAAAGAGAGCAGACCUUAUCUGUGUAUGUUAAUGAUGAUGAUACCCCUGAAACUGAUGAAGCAUUUUAUAUCUUCCUUUUGAAUUCAACAGGAGAUACUGUUAUCUUUAAUGCUGGAGUGGCUACAGUUAUUAUUGAAGCAAAUGAUGAUCCUAAUGGAAUUUUCUUCUUAGAACCUCUAGAGAAGCCAGUAGAAGAAGGAAAAAGUAAUUUUUUUUUGAUUUUGAGAGAGAGAGGACACUUUGGGAAUGUCUCAUUAGCCUGGCAGCUGUUUCAUAAUGACUCUGCACUGAAGCCAGGAGAAGAGUUCUCUGAAACUUAUGGGACUGUGUACUUCAUGGAUGGUGAAGGAUCAAAACUGAUAGUGCUCCAUGCUCUUUCAGAUAAAAUUCCUGAAUUCAAUGAAUUUUACAUUUUAAAGUUGGUGAACAUUUCAGGUGGAUCUCCUGGUCCUGGUGGGAAGUUGUCUGAAACAAGCACUGCUGUAACUGUGAUGAUCCCUUUCAAUGAUGACCCUUUUGGAGUCUUCGUUAUAGAUCCAGAGAGUCAGGACAGAGAGAUAGCAGAAGAUGUUCUUUCUGAAGAUGAUCUUUCCUAUAUUACGGACUUCACCAUCUGGAGACAACAAGGCACUUUUGGUGUUGUCCGUUUAGGUUGGGAAAUACUGUCCAGUACAUUUCAAGCUGGAUUACCAUCAAUGAUAGACUUCUUGUUGCUGGGAUCAUUUCCAAGUUCAGUACAAUCUCAACCACACAUGAGACGUCAUCACAGUGGAACAGAUGCUUUGUAUUUCAGUGGAAAAGAGGAUGCAUUUGGAGUUAGUGGUCUGGAAUACCCAUACAAUGGAAAUACUGCAGUAACUAAUUUUACAUUUUCUGCAUGGUUAAUUCCUAAUGUCAAUACUGAUGGUUAUAUAGUUGAAAAGGAUGAUGGUAAUGGGACCUUAUAUUAUGGUGUGAAAAUCCAAACAAACGAUUCCCAUGUUUCUAUAGUGCUUCGUUAUACAGCACUAGGAUCCAAUAUUACAUACACAGCCAAAGCAGCAGUCCUGAAAUAUCUGGAUGAAAGUACGUGGGUUCACAUUCUGAUUACUCUGGAUGAAAGUAUAAUUGAAUUUUACAUGGAUGGAAUUCCAGUUCCAGGAGGAAUUAAGAGCCUUAAAGGAGAAGCAAUUGCUGAUGGUCCAGGAAUAGUGAGAAUUGGAGCAGGAAUUAAUGGCAACAGCAGGUACACAGGUUUCAUGCAGGAUGUAAGGCUUUACGAGAGGAAAUUGACAGAAGCAGAGAUCUAUGAGCUUCAUGCAACUCCUGCAAAGAGUGACAUACACCCUGUCUCUGGGUAUUUGGAGUAUCAGCAAGGAGAAACUAAUAAAUCAUUCAUUGUGUCUGCAAAGGAUGACAAAGAGGAAGAAGGAGAGGAGUUAUUCAUCCUAAAGCUCAUUUCUGUGUGUGGUGGAGCUCGAAUUUCCCAAGAAAACACAACAGCAAGAUUAAGAAUACAGAAAAGUGAUAAUGCUAAUGGUUUAUUUGGCUUCACUGGAGCAUGUAUUCCUGAGGUGGCUGAUGAGGGUUCCACUAUAUCCUGUGUCGUGGAGCGUACAAGGGGAGCCCUAGACUAUGUGUAUAUAAAUUACAUUAUCUCACAGGUUGAUUCCAGGGGCAUUAAUUACUCUGUUAGCGAUUUUUCUAACAGCAGUGGCACUAUCACAUUCCUUCCUUGGCAGAGAUCAGAGGUCUUAAAUUUGCAUGUUAUUGAUGAUGACAUUCCGGAGCUAAAUGAAUAUUUCCGUGUGACAUUAGUCUCUGCAGUGUCUGGAGAUGGAAAACUAGGUUCAACUCCUACCAGUGGAGCAAGUAUAGAUCCAGAAAAGGAAACUACUGAUAUCAGCAUUAAAGCCAGUGACCACCCAUAUGGUCUACUGCAAUUCUCAGUGGGGCCACCUCCUCAACCCAGUGAUGAAAUGAUUCUGCCAGCCUCUGCUGUGCCCCAUAUCACUGUUAAAGAAGAAGUUGGACACAUCAGAUUAUUGGUAGUUCGUGCACAAGGGCUUCUUGGAACAGUUCUUAUGGAAUACAGGACAGUACCACUUACAGCUUUCAGUCCUAAAGAUUAUCAGGCUGUUUGGGGCUCAAUGGAAUUUCAGCCUGGAGAAAGAUACAAGUUCAUUACUGUUAACAUCACUGACAAUUCUAUUCCUGAACUAGAAAAAACUUUUAAAGUGGAGCUGUUGAACCCAGAGGGAGGAGUUGCUGAGCUUUUUAGAAAUGAUGGAAGUGGUAGUGGUGAUGGAAAUAUGGAUUUCUUCCUUUCAACUGUCCCUCAACAUGCUAGCUUGGGAAUUGCAUCCCACAUCCUUGUGACUAUUGAGGCUUCUGAUGAUGCUCAUGGUGUGUUUGAGUUCAGUGCUGAGUCCCUUUCAAUGAAUGGAACUGAGCCUGAAGAUGGAGAUAGCAAUGUUGUGCUGCAGGUUGUGAGAAGUCAUGGGGCCUUAUCUCAGGUGACAUUACAUUGGAUGAUAAUCUGUGAUCUUACCAAUGACCUGAUCUCUACAGAUGGGAAUGUAACAUUUGAUGUUGGCCAAGUGAGAGCAAAUAUUACAUUACAGAUUUCUCCAGAUGAUGUUCCUGAAUUGGAUAAGAUGUUUUCAGUUUUGAUCACCAAUGUCUCCCUUGGUCGUCUUGGAUAUCAUACUAAUGCAACAUUAACUAUUUUAGCAAAUGAUGAUCCAUAUGGAGUCUUCAUCUUUUCUGAGCAAAACAGACCAAUUAAAGUUGAGGAAGAAACAAAGAAUAUCUCUCUGACAGUUAUAAGAUGUGCUGGUCUCCUUGGUACAGUAAUGGUGAAAUACAGAACUAUUGGUGAUGAAGAAAAGUUGCCCUUUCUUCCACCGGAUGUUGUCAGAGCAAUAGAGGGAAAAGACUAUACACCCAUUACAGGUUAUGUGAUCUUUGCAACUAAUGAAAGUGAGGCCACAAUAUCCUUGCCUAUUUUGGAUGAUGAUGAUCCUGAGAGAUCAGAAUCUGUUUUUGUGGAGCUAAGCAGUGUUGUUUUGCUCAAGAAAGUUCAGGAUCGGCCAAUUAUAAAUUCUCCCCGACUUGGCUUAGUGGGUGAGACAAUAGCUCACGUGAUUAUCAAUGCCAAUGAUGAUGCUUUUGGAACACUUCAGCUUUCAGCUUCAGCUGUGAGAGUUGCUGAAAACUAUGUUGGACCAAUCAUUAACGUGACCAGAACGGGGGGAAUAUUUUCAGAUGUUUCUGUGAAAUUUAAAGCUAUGCCAAUAACUGCAACAGCUGGUGAGGACUACAGUGUAGCUUCAUCAGAUGUUGUCUUACUAGAAGGGGAAACAAGUAAAGCUGUGCCAAUUUAUAUAAUUAAUGAUAUCAAUCCUGAACUUGAGGAGUCAUUUUAUGUUCAGCUGCUGAACCAAACAACAGGAGGAGCCUUGCUUGGAUCUUUGACGAGGGCAGUCAUAACUAUUGAGGCUUCUGAUGACCCAUUUGGAUCCUUUGUUUUUCAGAAUACCGAAUUCAUUGUGGAGGAACCUGAAUUUGGAUCAGUAACCAUAAAUCUGCCAAUAAUCCGCAAUGCUGGGACACUGGGUAAUGUUACUGUUCAAUGGGCUGCUACCAUUAAUGGACAUCCUGCUGACGAUGACUUGCAAGUUGCCAUGGGUAAUAUAACUUUUGCCCCUGGGGAAGCCAUUCAGAUGUUGCUGUUGGAAAUCCUGGCUGAUGAUGUUCCAGAAGUAGAAGAAAUUGUCCAUGUAGAAUUAACUCAGGCCUCCAGCGGUGGUGCUAUCGGGUUAGAUGGCACAGCAAAUAUUGUUAUACCUGCCAAUGAUAAUCCUUAUGGCACAGUUUUCUUUCAUCAAUCCUCAUAUCGAAUUCAGGAGCCACUAGAAAGAAGUUUACUUGCAAAUAUAUCAGUCAGGAGAAGUGGGGGAAGGUUUGGUCAGCUGCAAAUAUUUUACAGCACUUCUGAGACUGACAUUGUAGCUCUUGCCAUUGAGCAAGGUGAGGAUAUACUGGACUAUUACGAGUCUCCUGUACAAGGAAUUCCUGACCAGCCAUCCAAGACCAGAGUGAAUGUAUCAGCAGCAAGUGACCCACUGUAUGCCUGUGCAGCUCAGUGCCUAAAAGAACAAGCAUGUUCAGCCUUCACAUUUUCCAGUGCCUCUGAGAUUCCUCUCUGCCUCUGGCUGACAACAGAGAUCAGUCCAUUAACUAACAUGUCAGGAUUAUGGACCUACAAGAAAAACAUCAGCAGUACAUCCAUUCUGUUCAGCACACAAGCCGUUGCUGGUAGUGACUACGAACCUGUCACAAGACAGUGGGCCAUCAUGCAGGAAGGGGAAGAGUUUGCAAAUCUCACAGUUACCAUACUCCCUGACAGCCUGCCAGAGCUGGAUGAAAUAUUCACUAUAUCCCUGUUGAAAGUUGAACUAUUGAAUAUCUCAGCCAGCUUAAAAAAUCAACCAACUAUUGGACAGCCAAAUACUUCCACAGUUACCAUAAUGAUGAAUGGGGAUGCCUUUGGAGUAUUUAAGAUCUACAUUGUAAGUCCCAAUGCAACAGAGAAGUAUAUUGAAGUAGAAGAACGCCCUCAGGCCAACGUGCAGCUAAUGAUACACAGGACAGAAGGCAGCCUGGGACAGGUGGCAGUGGAAUGGCGUGUUGUUGGUGGAACUGCUACCCCAAACUUGGAUUUUGUGGGUGUUGGUGAGAUUUUGGUGUUUGCUGAAGGUGAAACAAAAAAGAUGGUCACUCUGACCAUUUUAGAUGAUCCAGAGCCGGAGGAUAAUGAAAGCAUCAUUGUCAGCCUGGUGCAUACUGAAGGAGGGAGUAGGAUUCUGCCCAGUUUUGACACUGUCACAGUGGUUAUCCUGGCAAGUGACAAUGUGGCAGGAAUCAUUAGCUUCCAGACAGAUGGAAGGUCUGUUAUUGGUCGUGAAGGAGAGCGACUGCAAUUUCAUAUUGUAAGAACUGCCCCAGGACUGGGAAAUGUUACAGUUGAAUGGAAGAUAGUUGGACAUAACGUACAACAAAAUUUUGAAUGCUAUUCUGGAAUUCUCUUCUUUCCUGAGGGGAUAUUGAAUACAACAUUAUAUGUCCACUUGCUGGAUGACCAUAUUCCGGAAGAAAAAGAAGAGUACCGGAUCAUCCUAUACAACAUCAAAACAGAAGGUGUUUCUCCUUCUGGUGCUGCUGUUUUGGACAGUCAAGGAUAUGAAGCGGUUCUGACAGUAGAAGCUAGUGAUGAACCACAUGGAGUACUGAAUUUUGCUUCUCCAUCCAGGGUAGUUUUACUUCCAGAGGAAAACAAAACAGUUCAGCUUUUUAUUAACAGAGAAUUUGGAUCUCUAGGUGCUAUCAAUGUUACAUAUGCCACAGUUCCAGGAUUGGUCUCCUUAAGUAAUGAGACAGAGGGGACCUUGGCUGAACCAGGAGCUGAUUAUGUAGCUGUUUCUGACUCAGUGAUUUUGGAAGAAGGAGAAACAUCAGCUGCCAUAAAUGUUACUAUUCUAGAGGAUGAUGUACCAGAAGUGCAAGAAUUCUUCUUGGUUAAUUUAACUUCAGUGGAACUUGUUAUGAACCAUUCAACUUCCUCCCCACCUAGACUUGUGACAGAGUUAAUUCGUUACAGACUGAAAGAUGUGGAAGGUUUAGCUUCUCAAAUUGUUAUUGAUGCUAAUGAUGGAGUAAGUGGAGUAGUUGAAUGGGAAAGUACCAAUUUUGAAGUUAAUGAAUCUCAUGGGAAUCUGACCAUAAUGGCAUACCGAAACAAAGGAUCUUAUGGCAAUGUGUCUGUGUUUUUUUAUGCCCAAAAUUUGGAAGCACAGCUGGGUUUGGAUUUUAAUGUGAUCCCAAGGACUCUUUUUUUUGCUGAUGGAGAAAGGAAUAAAUCUGUUGUUGUUGCGAUUUGUGAUGAUGAUAUUCCUGAAGGUGUUGAGAAGUUCCAGUUAAUUCUAACAAAUCCCUCAUUUGGCCUGGAAUUAGGGGAGAACACAACAGCCACAAUUACUAUACUUGCCAAUGAUGAUGGACAUGGAGUUUUAUCAUUCAAUAACAGUGAUCACUUCUUUCUAAGAGAGCAAACAGCUCUCCAUCUGAUGGAAAGUGUUGCAGUAUUAAAUAUUAUUAGAGAACCUCCUCAGGGAAUAUUUGGAACAGUGUCUGUUCAAUAUCUUGUAAGUGAAAUUAAUUCUUCUGAGCCAUCAGUGGAUUUGACCCCUUCUCAAGGAUACAUUGUUCUGGAAGAGGGAGUCAGAUUUAAGACACUGCAUAUUUCUGCAAUCCUGGAUGAAGAACCAGAAUUGGAUGAGCACUUUAUUGUCACCCUGUUCAAUCCGACUGGAGGAGCCAGACUAGGCACCAGAGUUCAAACUAUGAUUACAAUAUUACAGAACCAGGCUCCACUGGGGCUUUUCAGCAUCUACCCAGUUACAAAUAGGACAAAUAUCUUCACAAUUGAAGAAGCGAACACUACAAUUUAUCUGAAAGUUUCACGGAGUAAUGGGCUCAACGUGUCUGUGAGUGUUGAGUGGGAGACAUUGUCGGAUACUGCAUUUGGCAUCAGGGGUAGUAUGAAUGUUCUGUCUGUUUUGCAAAGCUUUGUGGAAGAGUCGGCAGCUAGCUGGUGUUUCUUUCCAUCGGACGAAAUCCUGUAUGGUGUGCUGUUGCGUUCGCCUCCAGCUGUGUUUUCUACUCUCUACCAGUGGAAAGGAGUUUUUGUUGCCAUUGAGAAUUUCACUAUGUGGAAUCCUAAAAGCUGUGUGUCUUUCCAAAUCCAUACCUCUCCCUACCUUGUGAUUACUCAUGGAGGUAGCAGUCAUGGAGCUUCCAACAGUAGUGUGUAUGCAUUCAUGCCUGGACGCAAACUAUUGAAGCUACAGACCCUGUCUAUUAUGGAUACCACACUUGUCAAACAUUUUGCUGCAGAUGAAGAAAACUAUUUGGUUUUUGUGAGUGAUACCACCAGUUUCAGUUCCAUACAGGUUUUCCAGUGGAAUAAAAAUGUAUUUGUGCUGCAUCAUCAACUUCCACUUUACAGAGCUCUGAACAUUGCCUUGUUUCCUCGAGGAGGCAUUAUGUACUUAGUAGUUUCUUUGUCUAAUACCAGCCAGAAUGUGCUCUUGUACCAGUGGCUGAAUAAUGAGUUUAGGAAUCUUCAUCAGUUACCAGUAAAAGAAAUAAAACAUAUGGAGGCCUGGACUUUUGGAUCUGAUAUAUAUUUAAUUGUUGCAAAAGAAACUGGAAAUUCUGAAAUUCUCGUCUGGGAGACAGGACAGUCUACCUUCAGACACUUUCAGUCUCUUCCAGUCUCUGUUGUAAGAAAUAUCCAUGUUUUCAUGCCUCCUUCAGGUUUAGUUCACAUCCUCAUCUCUGGUAAGGACACAACAACACUGUAUUCCUGGAACUCAGAAGGGAACCAGUUCUCUCUGACACUGGAAGCCCCCUAUGCAGAUCAUAUCACUUCCACUACUGCAAGGUCUCUGAACUCCAGCAAGACCUUGAUUGCUCUUUCUAUAGACUCCAGCUCCCAGAUUUAUGAGCUGACAGCUAUCUCCAACCAGUCAGACUUUAUACCUAGUUCAGGUGAAUUGAUAUUUGAGCCUGGGGACAUGGAAGCUGUGAUAGCAGUCAAUAUCCUGGAUGACAGCAUCCCAGAGGAGGAAGAAUGUUUUAAAGUGUGGCUGAAAAACCCUAAAGGAGGUGCAGAGAUUGGUGUUCACAGUUUCGUUAACAUAAUUAUUCCUCCUAAUGACAAUGCCUAUGGAGUCAUUGCAUUUGCUCAGAGUUCUUUAUUUAAGCAAAUUGAAGAAAUGGAACAGGACAGCUUGAUCACCCUGAAUAUUGAACGUUUAAUAGGAACAUAUGGACGAGUUACAGUAGAGUGGAUUGCUAAUGGGAGCAUAAGUGAUGUGUUUCCAGCUUCAGGAAUGAUUACAUUUUCAGAAGGUCAGGCCCUGUCCACAAUCACCCUGACAAUUCUCGCAGACAGUGUUGCAGAGCUUUCAGAGACGGUGGAAAUCACACUCACCCGUGUUACCACUGUGGAUGUUCAAGAUACCACAAAAGGAGCUGUCAUUGAUCGUGAAAGGGCAAGAGCUGUACUUAGCAUUUUACCCAGCGACUCGCCACAUGGUGUGAUUGAGUGGCAUAUGGAGUCUCUCUUUGUUAAAAUCACAGAGCCAGAAGGGCAGGAGAAUUCAACUACUGUUACUCUACUAAUUGUUCGAGAGCAAGGAUUUGUCGGAGAUCUUUCCAUUCAGUUGAGCACUGCACCAAACUUUGAACUCCCCCCCUCCAACCGAGCAACAGAAAAUGAGGAUUAUAUACUGGAAAAGAAAACAGUCAUUAUGGCAGAGAAUGCAACAACAACCUCUGUCAUAGUCACUAUUUUGCCUGACAAUAUUCCAGAAUUACAGGAGGGAUUUAUAAUCAAUAUUACUGAUGUGCAGCUGAUCACUUUUUCCUCUGGAGGCCAGCCAAGUGUGAAGAGACUUGGAUUAGAAAUAGCUGAAAUAACAAUUGAAGAAAAUGAUGAUGCCAGAGGAAUAUUUAACUUUAACGUUUCAAAGGAUAUCACUGGAGCUGUUGUUGGUUAUGAGGUACCACCACCACAGAACGUACUGAAACUCCCAGUUGUUCGACAGGCUGGGAGGUUUGGGUCAGCAACUCUGUACUGGGAAGCCAUUAAUUCAACUGCCAGCUUUGAAGACUUCACACCAUCAUUUGGAAACCUUACAUUUGCAGAUGGGCAGGCUACAGGAGAAAUAGAAAUUACAAUCAUAGAUGACAGUGAAGUUGAAUUCCUUGAGAUAUUCAAAAUUGCCCUGGUGAGGGUAACAGGUGGUGCAAGACUUGGGAAUGACACCCUGGUAACUGUUGCUAUUCCACCAAAUGAUUCCCCUGUUGGGGUAUUCAGUUUCGAACAAAAUAAUGUAACUGUGAAGGAACCUCAGACACCUGGUGACUCUGCUGCAGUUGUUUUGCUGAAUGUAAGCCGAAGUCAGGGAGGAAAAGGAGAAGUUACAGUGUUAUGGAUUCUUGAGGAAGCAGCCAGAUAUGAUCUGAGCCCUCUAAAUGGUACCCUUCAUUUCAGUGAGACUGAGUCCCAGAAGCUGAUUAUUUUACAUGCAAUACAAGAUGGUCUGCUGGAGGGGAAUGAAACAUUUACCAUUCAGCUAGUCUCUACUGGUGAUGCGGAGAUAUCCCCUGUAAAUGGUGUUGCAACCAUCAUUAUUUUGGGAGAUGAAGGAGCUUCUGGGGUGGUUGGGAUAGCCCAUUCAUCCCAGCACAUUUUGAUUGGAGAACCUUCUGGAAAUUAUAAUGGAACCGCUCUUAUUAGCCUGGUACGUGGCCCAGGGAUUUUUGGGGAGAUCAUAAUAUAUUGGAAUAUAACACCUCCUCAUCAGACAGAAUUUAUUGAGGUAUCGGGGACCUUGACCAUGCGAGAUAGGCAGUCUGCAGCAGUUGUUCUAAUACAGGCUGUAGAUGACGACUGUCCUGAGGAGAAGCAUUACUACCAGUUUCAGCUAACCAGAGUCAGUGGUGGAGGACUCAUAAAUGAAUCUAGCAGAGCAGCAAAUAUUACCAUGGCCGCCAGUGAUUAUCCAUAUGGAGAGUUUACAUUUUCCCAUGAACUAUUGCAAACAACAGAAGACGAAAAAUGGGUUAACAUCACUGUUGUGCGUUCCAGGGGAUCCUAUGGCAGAGUGCGUCUUUGCUUUCAGAUAAUAAAUGGGACUGCAGAGGAAGGAAUAGAUUUUAGUCCCACAGUAAGGGAAAUGGUUUUUGAACCAGGGGAGGAAAGUAAAAUUAUUUUGAUUGAAAUUCAUGAUGAUGACUUUCCUGAAGGCCCUGAAAACUUUUCAUUGAUGAUUACUGAAGUGGAACUCGAAGGAAGGGGAUUUGAUUUUACCGUAAGAGAGAAUGGUCUACAAGUGGAUCAACCACCAAUAAUAGGAAAUAUCUCCACAGUAUGGGUCACUAUUGCAAAAAGUGACAAUGCUGAAGGUGUCAUAGAAUUUGAUCCACAGUAUGUCCUUCUACAAGUGGAAGAGGAUGUUGGAUUAAUCAUGAUUCCUGUUUUGAGAAAGCGCGGAACUUACGGCAAUGUCACAGCUGAUUUUCUAUCUCGAAGUAUUUCUGCACUUCCUGAUGGUGUUGACUAUGUCGUUCAUAAUAAUACUGUAAUUUUUUAUCAUGGACAGAACCAGUCUUUUAUUUAUAUCUCUAUUAUAAAUGAUGAAGAAAGUGAAUUUGCAGAGCAAUUUGAAAUCCAACUGACAGGAGCCACUGGUGGAGCAGUGCUGGGGCUCCACCUGGUAAGCCAGGUCACCAUUGCAAAAAGUGACUCUCCCCAGGGCAUGGUCCGAUUUCUCAACCAAAGCCAAAUUAUUCUCCCCAACCCUGAUGCAACCACAACAGUGUCACUGGUGCUGGAAAGGACUGGGCGACUGGGGGAGGCACAGAUUAACUGGGACAUUUUGGGACCCAAUUCUGGAGAGAUUUUAUCUCCUCUGAAUAGUGACAUUGGUGACCCUGUGAAUGGAUCAUUCUAUUUUGAAGAAGGAGAAGGGGGUCUAAGAACAAUUAAUCUACAAAUCUAUCCUCAUGAAGAUGUUGAAGUUCAGGAAAUCUUCAUUAUUCGACUGAGUCUUGUGAAAGGUGAAACAGAAAUAGAUCCUAAGGCAAACAGCAUUACAUUAAUAAUAGAGAAGUUUGGUGAUCCCAAUGGAAUUGUACAAUUUGCUCCCGAAUCAUUAAUUGAGAGUAACUAUUCAGAGCCCUCAGGAGAAGAAGGGCCACAAAGUAUUACACUGUUUCUCAAACGAAGUCAAGGCGUUCUGGGGAACAUAACGGUUUACUGGGAAAUACGUAGUGAAUCUGACAUCACAGGUGACUUUCUUGAGACAGAGGGAUCUGUUGUCAUUGCUGACCAGCAGAGUACAGCUGAGAUAACUAUCUACCUGUUACCUGAUGAUGUUCCAGAACUGGAUGAAAACUACGAGGUACAGCUGAUUUCAGUGGAAGGUGGAGCAGAUUUAGACCAUGAGAAGGGAAUUUCAAAGAUCACAGUGUUUGCAAAUGACGAUCCUUAUGGAGUGUUUGCCUUGUACUCUGAUCAUCAGUCAGUAUUGGUAGAAAGAGCCCUGGAUCGCUAUGUUCAGAUUAAUGUAACUCGGCAUGCUGGGGCAUUUGGAGAAGUGAUGGUCGAGUACCGUGUCAUAUCUCCUUAUGAUGAAGCACUAAUUGAACCUGAGAAUGAGGUGGGAUUCCUCACAAUAAAGGACGGUGCCAGCUUUGGAGUAAAAAGAGUGCCAAUAAGCAACCAGGCAUUUAUUUUACUGGGCUUGAAUUUUACUCUGGAACUGACUAAUGUAAGCCUGGUUAGGGGAAGUGCCAAGGAAGUGCCUAAAAUAUUGGGAAUAGCAAAAUCUGUUGUGCUGCUUAUUCCUGAGGAAGCUGCCAAUUCACAGGUUGGCUUUGAAUCUGUGAUAUUACGACUUACAAACAUUGUAGCAGGGACAGGCCAUGCUGUCAUAACCAGAAGAGGAGCUUAUGGCUCUGUAAUAGUUAACUGGAUUUCAGGAUGCCCACCAGACCUAGUCACUGACUCUGUUAAACUAGGCAAUAUUACACCUCCAUUUGGUACUGUUGUAUUUUCCUCUGGGGAGGAAAGUAAAGUAAUUUCAUUUCAGGCUACUCCAAGCCUAAAUAAACCUGAGACAUUUGCCAUCACUUUAACAGCAGUGCACAGCAAUGUGUCUGGUGGGGCUCGCCUGAGAUCAGGAUUUACGAUAGCUAAUAUUGAGCCAAUGGGGAUCUUUCAGUUUGAUCUUAACUCAAGAUCAGUUUCAGUUGAAGAAGAUGUCCAGGUAGUCAGACUACAUGUUCAGAGAUUGUUUGGCUUUCAAAGUAAUCUCACUAAACUGACAUACCAGACCAUUCCAGGAAGUGCCAAACCACUAGAAGACUUUAUACCCAUCUACAAUGGAGAGCUUAUAUUUUUACAUUUUCAGACAAAUGCAGUGAUAGAAAUAUCAAUAAUUGAUGACACUGUGUCUGAAAUACAAGAAUUUUUUUUUGUAAAUUUGACUUCUGUGGAAAUUCUGGAUGUUCAACCUGCAAACCUUGACUGGAGUCCCCGUUUGAAUCCAGCUUUCAGUGUUGCGACAGUUAAUAUCCUGGCUAAUGAUAUUCAUCAUGGAAUACUAAGUUUGGGGCCAGAGUUUGUUUAUGUUGAAGAAGAUACAAACAGCAAUACCUCCAACAGAGCAGUGCUUCAGAUCAGAAGGACCAAGGGAUUUAUUGGUGAUAUUAAAAUAACUGUUAAAACUUUUGGGGGAGUGAGUGCACAGAGUGCAAUGUUUCCUUUUGGAAAUGUUUAUGGAAAAUCAAACUUCUCAUGGGCAAUGGAAGGAGAAGAUUUUGAAGAACAGACAAUCUCUCUGAUUUUACUGGAUGGAGAAAGUGAAAGCCAGGUCUCCAUAAAAAUUUUUGAUGAUGAUGAGCCUGAAGGACAGGAAUCAUUUUAUGUUUUCCUCUCAGAUCCUGAGUAUGGAGCUCAGAUUGUGGAAGGAAAGGAUGAACAUGGAUUUGCUGCUUUUGCAACAGUAAUUAUUUCAGGAAGCGAUCUCCAGAAUGGUAUUUUGGGAUUCAUUCCAGAAGUACAAAGUGGCCUGAUACUUGAUGAAGACUCAGAAAACAGAGAGGUGCUGCUGACUGUCGCACGGCAACCAAACAGGGCUUUUGAAGAUGUGAUGGUCUUCUGGCGUGUGACCUUUAAUAAAACAGCUGUUGUCCUUCUGAAGGAUGGUGUGAACUUGGAGAAUGAGCUUGUAUCUGUGCUGGGAGCCACGACCUGCAUGGCAGGUCAAACAACGUGCAACAUUUCCAUUGAAAUAAAACCUGAUCAGGUACCAGAAUUUGAAACUUAUAUUUUUGUUGAGCUGUAUGCUGUAAGCUCAGGAGCUGCUUUGAACAACAGUGCCAGAUUUGCUUUUAUAACUGUCCUGGAAAGUGAUGCUCCUCAUGGUUUAGUGUAUUUUGCUGUGGGAUCUCGAUUUGCUGUGGCUUAUAAGAAGACAGCUUUAAUCAGUCUUCAAGUUCUUAGAGACUCUGGUACAUCAGUAACUACAAUGGUUAGCUACAGUAUGCAGGAGCUACAAAAACCUGAACCUAUGGGACGGACCUUCAUAUCUCCAGCUGUGGCAGGACAAGAUUUUGUCAGAUCGAAUGGUUUAUUGACUUUUGAACACGGACAGAGAAAUGCAUUCCUGGAUGUGACCCUGACUCCAAAGACAGGAUCUUUAAACCCAUUUCCUAAACGUUUCCAGGUUGUACUUUCUAAUCCCACAGGUGGUGCCAGGGUAGAUGAUGUGUAUGGUAUUUCUAACAUCACCAUUGUCUCAGAUUUGGACUCCUUGCCAGUUUGGGGACUGAUUGAUCAACUGCAUCAGCCUCUUGAUGACACCAUUUUACACAAAAUCCUUCAGAAUCUGAAUGUCAAAGUGGCUACAGAAACUACAGAAGAGCAGCUUACUGCUGUGGUGCAUAUAAUAGAUAAGGUUACAGGUGUAGGUGAAAAACUGUUACUCACUGAUAAAAGCAGGAGUCUUUUCUAUGAGAUACUCUGUGCUCUGGCUAGCCCAAAACGUGAAGACACACAAGGAUACAGCCUGCUUGCUGAGGUGACUGAAAAGUUUGCUUUUUCUCUGUUGACUGGGAUAAAGUGUGGAUCACCAGGAGAAAGAGGCAAAAAUAUCCUUGACAGCUGCCCAUAUAUUGCAAUAAUGGCUCACAGCUGGUUUCCUCAGCAAAUAAAUGGACAUAAAUUUAAUGGAAAAGAUGGGGAUUCCAUUCAAGUACCUGAACAUCUACUAGAGGUGUCUGUAGUAUUAUCAUCUUCCCAGGAGGAGAACUGUGAAUCCGUGCAGUUCACAGAAUACAGCAGCCAGCAGUGGUUCCUUACUAGAGAUAAAGAGCUUGCCCUGAAGAACAAGGUUUUUUCAAUGAGCUUGAAGGGUCGGAGUUCACAACCUUUGAAAGAUAACAAUGAAGUCAUUUAUCGUAUUUAUGCUGAAGGAAGUCGGAUUGUUCCACAGAAGUCUCUGUGUCUUCUUUGGAAUCAAGCUGCUGAAAGCUGGCUGUCUGAUAGUGGGUUCUGCAAAGUGGUUGAUGACACAUCAGAUUAUGUGGAAUGCUCCUGUUCUCAUAUGUCUAUUUAUGCAGUUCAUGCCCAAACAGAUAAUUUGUCUUCAUACAAUGAGGCUUUUUUUUCUUCUGGAUUCAUCUGCAUUUCAGGUUUCACUUUGGCUAUCAUCUCCCACCUUUUCUGCACCAGGUGUACCAUGUUUGCAGCUAAACUUCUCACUCAUAUGAUGGUUGCUUGUUUGGGUACUCAGGUUUCAUUUCUGGCCUCUGCUUACAUGAGCCAGCAUAUCUCAGAGGAAAGCUGCUUUGCUCUCGCAUCUGUUACCCAUUAUCUUUACCUCUGCCAGUUCAGCUGGAUGCUUAUUCAGGCUGUUAAUUUCUGGUACGUCCUUGUGAUGAAUGAUGAGCACACAGAGAGGCGCUAUCUGCUUUACUUCCUUUUGAGUUGGGGGCUUCCAGCUUUUGUUGUUAUCCUUCUUCUAAUUAUCCUGAGAGGAAUCUACCAUCACAGCACAGCAGAGAUUUAUGGCCUUGUCUACGGUGAUCUGUGUUUCAUUCCAAAUGCCUAUGCUGCUCUCUUUACUGCUGCUCUGGUGCCAUUAAUGUGCCUAGUGGUGGUUUUUGUGGUGUUCAUCCAUGCCUACCAGGUGACUCCUCAAUGGAAGGCAUAUGAUGAUAUUUUCAGAGGAAGAACAAAUGCAGCAGAGAUCCCCUUGGUCUUGUACCUGUUUGCCCUGAUUUCCAUCACCUGGCUGUGGGGAGGACUGCACAUGGCUUACCGGCACCUCUGGAUGUUAGUCUUCUUCAUCAUCUUCAACAGUCUGCAGGGUCUUUAUGUGUUUGUGGUGUAUUUUAUCCUGCACAACCAACUUUGCUGUCCUGUGAAAGCAAGUUACACUGUAGACAUGAAUGGGCAUACAACUCCAGGAUCAGCAUUUUUCACGCAUGGCAGUGGCCUGCCAGCUGCGGGAGGAGAGAUCAGCAAGUCCACACAGAACCUCAUCAGUGCUAUGGAAGAGGUGCCUACAGACUGGGAGAGGGCAUCCUUGCAGCCUACUAGUCAAGCUAGUGCUGCAUUUAAGCAGAGUCCACAAAAUGGUAAUGUUUUCCACCCUUCUGGAGGAUUCAGUACCAGCUCAUUAGUUGCUGAUGAGGAAUCACAAGAGUUUGAUGACCUAAUAUUCGCAUUAAAGACUGGUGCAGGUCUCAGUGUCAGUGAUAAUGAGUCUUGUCAUGGCAGCCAGGAUGGUGGCAGUAUGGCUAACUCCCAGAUCGUGGAGCUUAGAAGAAUACCCAUAGCUGACACUCACCUCUAACUCCACAGCUUGCUUGGGUUUUUGUUGUUGUGGUGGUUUUUUAUUCAAGCCUCAGUAUUUUUAUAUUUUACUUCCUUUUGCACUAAAACACUAUAUGAAACUGUAGUAGAAUGCUGUUAUCUUUACUGAAUGUUUAAACAAGAAAUGUUUGCUUGAGGUUUUGUACAUCAGAAAAAAAACUGUAAAUUUUUUACAGUGGGUGAGCAACAAUUGAUACUGUGAUGAUUGGCCUAGAUUUGUAUCUUGUAAGUAGAUGAUACAUUUCAUAAACUGUAACCUUUUUUAAAUUAACCUGUACAUUAACACUCAUUAAUAAAGCAAUAGAGUCUGUUUGAUACAAACCAGUCUCCUAUUUCUCCCUACUGUUUAUGAAGAUGAAAAGUCAUGCAGACACUCUAUUGGAUAGGAAAGUGUUCUAGUAGCACAGUUUUUCUACGUUUCCCAAGCUAUACUCUUCUCACUGUUUUUUGAGUAACUAAAUCUGUGAACAAGACACAAGCCUGAGCCAAAGAUCUUGAAGUUUAAAUUCUGACAUGAUCAAUAUGUGAUGAUCUGAAACACACAGAGGAAAGGAGAGAUGAAGAACAAGAGUGAAACCACUAGCAGCUGUGUGCUUCUAAUUUCUUUACCUUGCUGGUUUCGUAAUAUUAAGAUCUCUCACUCUUUUCCCAGUCAAAAAACUCCCAGUGAGUUCAGUUUUAUGUUGAUCUCCAUGUAGAUAUUCCUGUUCUGACUGAAGGGUUCAAGCAUUGCAUUACAAAGCUAGAUCAGUAAUCUGGGGCCAUAAAAGAGUAAGAAAAGUUCCUCCCUUGGAAGAAAAAUAAACCAGAGGAAGUAUUUCAGAAGUGAGGGGGGAGGCAGGCUAAUCUUGUAGGAAUCAUUAACUCUGCUUGUGCACAGACAGUCUAGAGGAAAAACACAUUAAAGCAGGAGACCAAAGGAGUUUUCAUCUGAGCAUUUCUCAGUGUAGUAUAGAUGUACAGUAAAUGAGAGUGGAAAUCUUUUAUACCUUUCUCAAAACUUGACUAAAGGCUUCACACUGGGUAAGGUCUGAGCAACAACCACCUCCCUUUAAAAGAAAACUUUUCUUACAGAAAUCUUUCCAUGAAUUUUUAUAGAAUGAUAUGCAAAUGUUGCUCUGCCUAAUUAACUGAUGAGCUUAAAAAAAGCCAAAACCAACAAAAUAAAUAAAUCCCACUUCUGUGUCACAGUUCUAUAACAGCUAGUAGGACUGCACAGGUUAUAGUCAUCACCUGCAUCCAAGACAGACACCAACUUUAAGAUCUAACGAUGUGGAAGCCUUGACAGACACAGGAAACUACUUCUAUUCAGGAAAGCCCUUAAACAAGUGGUUUUUAAUUAUAUAUUUGAAUUGGGAAAUGUGAAUAUGACUAGUAUAUGAUCUGCUGUAUUGACUCUAAAGUUUCUGACUCACAGGAAUCUUGUUGGCUCUUUAUACUGGUCAUGGUAAAACAGAGAACAAAGCCAAGUCUUUUUGGUAAAUGUCAAAAGUUAAUGUGAGGUUGAAGGUGGGAGUGGGGGACAGUAGAUGAGCCUUUCCUUGCCGUGGGCAAUGCACAGGGCAGUCAGGAGGACCCUGAGCAGAAGGGGCAGCUGUUAAAUUUGAGUGCAGUGCAUUACAACAAAUACAUACAUGCAUACAGACUUACAAAGUGGGAAACUUUGUGUAAAUGUGAGCCAUCUAAGCAAAUUUUAUAAUUUACUUUUUUGCCCAAAAUACAUCUGAUGAAAAGGGACUUUCUGAGCACUUCAGUGAACUGCAAGUAUCAUUGAAAUAGUCAGUCUGGAGUUAAAAUUAGUUUUGGAUAUUUUGCAAUAUGGCACAUUUUUUGUUUUCCUCAUAGGAAGGCUGGCUCAUUCUUCCUGAGUAAACUGAGAUGAAGUAAACCUUGUUAGUGCUGAUCCUUCUCAUCUACCCACUAAAGGCUUAGUGUGAAGCUUGGCUCUACAGAACUAUUGCAACACUUGCUCGGUUGUGAGCAAGUGAGGGCUGUAACAGAUGUUUCAUUGCUCACAAUACAUGCUACUACAUGCCGUGAGAAAGCUUAUAAAAGAGGAUGUUUGAUUUGACUCAUCACCAUAAAUGUUAAUACUUCAUGUCACUUCAAUUUGUUGCACAACUGGCAUGGUUAAGGAUUUACUGUAAAUGCAUCAGCAUUUUCAGAGCAGAUCAGUAGGAUGGCAUCUGCUGCCAGCAUUUUCUCAAUUGUAAAUCUCUAGGUGGUACUCACAUGGUUUAAGGUCAUGAGAUGAAUUUUAUUAUUGUUCUAAAACCAACCCUUUUCUGGCAGAAAAUGUUCUGUCUGUUGGAGAGUCAGUGGUUUAGUAAAAGGAGUCUCUCCCAGCCCCUUUUUGCUGUUCCUUGGACUGGCAAAGACAGAGACAGGAGGAGGGCAGCUGUGUGCUCUGAGUCAGGUGUGCCCAGCAGCCACACCUGGGCAGGACCCGUACCUUUACACUUGGCGUAACUUAACCCAACCAGACUGAACGCCUCCUGCGGCUCCUUGAUCUCAGGAAUUAUUUAAAAUUUGAUUGAGAGUGUAAACAUUUCUUUGUUUCUAUGAGGUGAAAUAAUCUACAGCUAGGUAUCUUUCAAACCAAGCAUUGCCACACAGCCUGCCAUGCUGACUAACUCAUACAAGCCUUUGCAUUGCCCCUCUGUAGAGAAAAACACUUGCUGCCUUUUCUGUUUUCUUAUAAAGGAAGAUAACUUCUCCCCAAUAAGCCAUUUCACAUGUUUUGAAGAGUAGAAGGAGCUGUAGUUAAUAUUUACUGUAUUUAAUAUUAAUACUUAAUAAAAUAUUAAAUAACAGUAUUCACUACAAUAUUUAAUAGAAUGUAUCUAUAUUAUAUCUCAAUUAUUAUUUAAUAAUAUUAUAUUAUACUCUAUGCCAUACUAUAAUGUUAUAUAAUUGCUUGCAAGUUAUUAUAUUUCUAAUCUAUUACACCGUUACAAUUUAAUAUUAUAUAAUAAUAUUUAAUAUAUAACAUUUUACAGCUUACUGCGUGAAGGGGGUCCCUUUUCCAGACAAAUUUUACUUAAAACUACUUAGAUACAAUUGUAGAUCAGAUGGAUGAAAGGAUGUGUUUCAGGAGUUUAUUAUUGCUCACAUGCCAAUAUAAUUCACCUCUUUGAAAGAUGUCUGAAUGUAUUUCACAUUCAAAUGCAUAACUGCUGAAGAAUGCUAGGUUCAACAGACAUCUUUUAGGUGAUGUUGUAGAGAAAGCCAUUGAUUUCACCUUUUUUCCUGUAUAGCAAAAACAAAGCUUCGUGACAGUGACUUGAACAGAACUAUUCAGAUUACAUUCUUUUUUAGAACCCAGCUGAGGCCCCCAAUAUAUAUAUGUUCUGCCUCUACCAUUGUCCUGGUUUAGGCCAAAUUUGAGAAGAAACCUCCAAAUGGGGUUCCUCUAGAAAGCAAGUGUCACCUCCCCCAAAAUGGUUCGGGGAAAAGAUUUCCUUGGACAAAACUGGAAAAAAAUGUUUAUUUAACAACAAAAGUAUUCACAAACAUUAAAAAUUAAUAAUAUUAAACAAUAAAAACUCUUGCAGUUCUGAAGAGAUGGUAAAUCCAGAAAUUCCUUGUUGUGGGGUAUAGCUCAGCCCACUAAGUCUCUUAUCAGUCCCUCUGGUGCUGGAAAGUGCCGUGUCCCGAACCCCUUUGGGUCACAUUCGUGAACUCCUGGUAUUUGGGUUUUCAGUCCAGAGCAGGGCUGAACAGACCCAAGAAAAAGAAAAGCCACAGUCUGGGGAUCUUUUCUGCCUCAGCUGGCUAAAAACAAACAGCAAGGGAGAGCUCUGUCCCACUGUCUGUCCGUGCUGCAGACCACACAGCCCAGGAGCAGAAGGCAGAGGAGUCAGUGCUGUUUCUGAAAAUAAACUGCAGCUUCUUCCUUCCCCCUUUUGCUCUUGGAACCAUCUUAAAUGUGCAGAACUUGAUAUCCAGCAUAAACACAACAGAGGUCUGGGGAUACAAGCAUCAUAACGUCACCCCAGGACAACCAUGCAAAUGCACAGCUCUCCAAUAUUCUACAUCUAAAGUCAUCCUGUUGAGGACUCCUCAGUAAGAGCUUUGAUCUGCAAAGGAUUAGAUUAUUCUGGGAGCUUUACAGCAAUAAAGCUCCUAUGUGCUCAACAUAAAAUUAUGUUAAAUUCACUGAUCGUGUCAGGAUCAUGGUUAGACUAGAAAAUUGCUUAAAUUCAGGCACAGCCUGCUGUCAGAUGCAUUUCACUAUAGCUUGGUUUAUACUCUGGCCUUUGCGCUCCUAUUGUAGAUUUUGUUUCCAGAUUUUUGUUUUUAGUGUAAGCCACUAAGAAAUCAGAAUGUAUUUCAAAUUUCAAAUGGCAGCAGAAUUUACUCCUUCUGUGCUACUUCUGCUGACAGUAACAUGUGUGAAAGUAGCAUAUGCAAGAUUGGGCUUAUCUGUUCAAUAUGUUAUUCUGUUAAUUUUCACAGGAAAACAUUCAAGAAGAAUUUCUACUUCUAAUUUCAUGUUUCAAAAUUAUCUUCUUUACAAUAAAUACCUUGUAAAAAUUACAGUGUAACACUCUGGUACACAAUAAAUAAAUGGAAAAAAAUUGCAA